GACCAGAUUAGACACCCUCUAUCUACUGUGCCAUAUGUACUUGGCUUCUGGAACCUUCCUAUCAUUAAUGCCAACCCAUCUACAAAAGCAAGAGCAGGGUCCUCCCAAUCUGAGUUAUCCCAGGGCAUAAUCGAACUCUCUCUCUCAGAUCCACUGAACAUUUUGAGUCGCCCACAGCAUCUACCUCUCCUAGGCUACAACUUCGGUAUCGGUCGGCGAUGGCGAACCCUAAUCUGACAGCCGGCUACGUGUUCCAACCCACCGGCCAUGAGCUCAUCCACCACUACCUCGUCCCCAGGGCGGGGCUCGGCGGCGACAUCUUCCCCGGCUUCAUCGAGGAGGGCGUGGACGUCUUGUCCUUGCCCCCGCGUGAGCUCCCCUUCCGGGAAAACCACAUAAGGGAUUACGGCGAGGUAUGGGGCUUUUUCUUUGCGGCAAAGCCCGCCGGCGAGACGUGCCCGACGCCGGGCGCGGGCGGGUGCUGGGUGCAGUACGGCAGCGAGGGCGGCCGGGAGGCAGUGGCGUUCCGGCGCAGGUUCGCGUACCGCUACACGUGGAAGGGCGGGGCGGUAUGGUCGCCGACGCGCUGGCUGAUGAAGGAGUACCGGCUCAACAGGGACGCGGCCGCCUUCCGCCGCGCGCACCCGGACCCCGAGGCGGCGGACGUCGUCUUCGUGGUCCACAAGGUCUACCGGAAGCCGGUGCUCCCCCCGCCUGUCGACAGCAGCUCCAGCGACAGCGAGGAGGAGGGCUCCGAGCGCUCCAUCGUGUUGAAGAGGAGGCGGUAGAAUUAUGCAACUGCAUGUUGAUUUCUUCAGAUUUGUUGUGUCUCUAUUUCGUUUCAUUUCAGUUGUGGAUUUUGCGCUCGAUCUAGUUCAGGUAGAUUGACUGGUCCGUUUCGUUCGAAGUACAAUGUAAUCAGCCUCCCUCGCAGCAUCUGCCAGAACAGUUCGGAGGUAUUAUCACCGUUUCAUUUUAUGAUUUAUGUUUUAUGUGGA